GCACAAACACACGCACACAAGCACACACACACACACAAUCGCGCAUACAAGCGCACAAGCACAUGCGCACACACACGCUCGCGCACACAAGCGCACACACACACAGUACGCUGAACAGGAGCUGAGCAGCAGGAUACGCUCAGGUCGGGAUAUUCUACAGUCAUGCUUUCCCUCUGAGAUAUUUCUCAUCAUUCUCUUUGUACAGCACUAUCACUGCCUCUAAGGGUCAAGAAAACAACUGACCAACACACUUUAUACUCUCCAUUCUUUCCUCCAAGAUGUUGAGAGCUCCACUUGCCACCAUCUUUUUUGGACUCCUUCUUGUUUUUAGCAGCAAGGCUAAGCCAAAUGGAAAAGACAAGAAGGCAAAACAAGUUGUGCCAGAUAUAGAAUGUGAUGCGCGUGCAGGGAAAAUCAGCUUCCCAGAAUUCAUUGUUCGGUGCCCAUCCAGUUGCCGUGAGACCAAGGAGAAGGUUUAUGGGACGGUCGUCUUUGCCUCCAUAUCCAGCAUUUGCAAUGCUGCUAUUCACAAUGGGGUCAUUACGAAUGCUGGAGGAAAGGUGAUCGUAAAGAAGAUGGCAGGACAAGAGCCGUAUAAAGGCACUUUUGCAAAUGGCAUCCGCUCACUGUCCCUCCCCAAAUGGAGAGAGUCUUUCACCGUCUCAGUUGGCAAGCCAAAAAAAGGUGUGAUCUACCCUGCUACCUUGGAAAGUCAGAAGGAACACUCCACCACAUCGCCCACAACGCCAGCUCCAGACCCAACGACAACCACAAGCGAGCUAACCACCACCACCACAACCACCACCACAACCCCACCCCCAACAACUCCCACCACAACUACGACCACCACCGCGAGGCCACGGGCUGCAGUUCAUAAAGUCAGAGAUGCAGGCAACAGUCAUCCAUACCUUGCAGCAGCCAGUGCACGACAGACACAGAAUGGCCAAGCAAAGGGUCUUCAUCAAGUAGUCAGAAGUGGCUCAGCCUUUGCAGGAAGAUUUCCACCUCGUAUCAACCCAGGUGCACGCAGGCCAGAGGCAGGUGCCAAUAAUAGGAGACAGCCAUCAGUUCCUGCUACCUCAGCUUUCAGUCGGGUCCAGCCAGUCCAGCCAGAGAGGAACCAGCAUACCAUUCCCACCAAUCCUGCCCUUGCUCGGAGAAAAUGGCCACAUCCUGUCUACGCCCAACCCAAUUGGUUUUCUGGUCCAAAGAGACCAACAGAUGUUAGUAACUCUGAGCCAGAUACAGGCUACACAUGGAGCAACGUGGACACUGUUGAUUCUCCAGCUUCAGACCCAAGACCAGAAAUAUCAGAGUAUGAGCGCUGGUACUUUGGACAGUAUCCUCCUCAACCAGCAGAUACAGACAGUGGACCAAAGCACCUCCCUGAAACUCUCCAUACGAGAGUGGAGCCAGUGGAGGUGUGGAAGCCAGAAGGGAACCCGUUUGAUUUAGACCUUAGUGACCGAGGGAAAGACCCCUUACCCAGAGUUCCAGACACUCAGGGAAACACAAACUGUAAAGUUGACAUCGCCUUCCUCAUGGAUGGCAGCUGGAGCAUUGGCAAGCGUCGUUUUAAGAUCCAGAAAGACUUCCUGUCUGAGGUUUCCCAAGUCAUUAAUGUAGGCAUAAAUGGCCCAAUGAUGGGGAUCAUCCAGUAUGGGGAUGAUCCAGUGACAGAGUUCAGUCUACGCCAGUUCUCUAGCUCCAAAGACCUCAAACCUGCUAUUGACAAGAUUAUUCAGAAAGGCGGGCUCUCCAAUGUGGGGACAGCCCUCUUUUACGUCAACAAGCAUUUCUUCAGCGAUGCUAAUGGAAACCGAGGUGGGGCACCCAAUGUUGUUGUGGUGCUGGUGGACGGCUGGCCUACAGACAAAGUGGAGGAGGCUUCAAGAUUGGCACGGGAAUCAGGCAUCAAUAUCUUUUUUGUUACCAUUGAAGGCCCAGAUGACAGCGAGAAGCACAAUGUGGUUGAGGCCAAUUUUGUGGACAAGGCUGUGUGCAGGACCAAUGGCUUCUUCUCACUGCCAGUGACCAGCUGGUUUGCUCUACGUAAGGCAGCACAGCCUCUGGUGAAACGUGUGUGUGAUACAGACCGGCUCGUGUGCAGCAAGACAUGCCUGAAUGCCAAUGACAUCGCCUUUGUAAUUGACGGCUCAAGCAGCGUAGGUACCGGCAACUUCCGUACUGUGCUGCAGUUCGUGGCCAACGUGACGCGUGAGUUCGAGAUCUCCGACACGGAUACACGUAUUGGUGCUGUGCAGUACACUUAUGAGCAGCGACUCGAGUUUGCCUUUGGCCAGCAUAACACCAAGGCUGAUGUCCUAAAUGCCAUUCGCCGCAUCAAUUACUGGAGUGGGGGUACUAGUACGGGUGCCGCCAUCACUUAUGCUGCUGAGAAGCUCUUCAGCAAGUCCAAGCCAAACAAGCGUAAGAUCAUGAUUGUCAUCACAGAUGGGCGCUCCUAUGAUGAUGUGCGUGCGCCCGCUCUGGCAGUGCACCACUCUGGUGUGAUUGCUUACUCCAUCGGCAUUGCCUGGGCUGCACAGGAUGAGCUAGAAUACAUCGCCACAGACCCAGACAAAGAUCACUCCUUCUUUGUGGAUGAGUUCGACAACCUCUAUAAGUAUGUGCCCAAGAUCAUACACAACAUCUGCCACGAGUUUAACUCUCAGCCACGGAACUAAGCCAGGCAUGGACAAAUGGGAUUGGAUCAACUAGAAGCCUUAAUUCCUCCAGAAGUAUUUUAUCAUGGUAUUUGCUGUAAUUUUACCAUUAAAAACAACAACAACAACACACAUAAGGCCUUAUUUGUGCUAUUGAGGCAUUAUUAAGAGAAGAUUUGGCCAGAUUCCAUUUUUUUCAAGGUUGGAGCUUUUCUUACAGCACAGAGAUUUGGGACAUUUGAUGUUAAAGUAUGUAUUGUAAAGAAGCUGUGCAGCAUGCAAGGCUUCAAGGAAGUCAGUUGUCUAGAUGUGAGGGAUGUGAGAACUUGGCUGUUAGAUAACAUAUGAUAGAUUAUAUAUUUAAAUAACACAGUACUAAUAUAAGUAUUAAACCUCUACGAUAAAAUCAUACAACAAAAGUUUUGCUAGCUUCAUAUACAUAGACAAAAAUGCUAGUUUUUUUGCAAAUAAUUUGCCUAAGUACAAGAUUCUUCUAAUAAAUAUGAUCUAAAGAAAAGUCUUGUGAUGUAAGGUUUAAAAUGUAUGUAUGGGUUUUUGAAAGCUAUUUUUGUAUUAUAUGUGGCUCUUUCACAUGUCUAGACAUGUUUCUGUUCUACUGAUGCAGUUGAUAGAUUAUAAUACUUUAUGCAUGUUAAAACUGAAAGACAAUAAUGCAAGAUGCAGGAUAUUUUUCUAAUCACAAAAUCAACCUAGUUUUGACUAAAAUUAAUAGCCAUUUGGUUGAACAAUUGAUGAUUUGACUAAGUGAUUGAUGAAUUCGAACAUUUCUGUUAAUCUGCAUGACUGUAAAUUUCUCUACCUUGUAAUUCCAAACAUACAGUAUUUUAAAAUAAGAUUAUAAGAUUUUUAAUUUUCACAUUUCUGUAAUAUUUGUUCUGUUUGUACAUAUGCAUAUUAAAAUAAAGCCCAUUGCUGUUGACUGUGUAAGUGGCAGAAAUUCCUAUUUUAAUGCAAUUUUUAAUAAAAGAUGGUAUUGAAAAUC